UCCCGGAGAAAGCGCGUGAACUCUAUCCUCCUCCUCCUCCUCCUCCUCCCCCAUCGUGCGCUCUGGUCCUCCUCUGCGCGCUCUCCUCGGACAAACUGCGGCGGAGCGCUGGAUCACCAAAAGUUGACCAAAUCGGUUUAGAGGUGCCGGAGUGGUUCAGUGUUUGUUUUUCUGGGGAUUGGGGUGCUGUGUUUAGUGUAGUUUAAUUUUUUUGUUGCAUUUUAGCCAUGGAGACUCUUGGAGGUCUCCUCGCGCUGCUGUGCGUCUUCCUGGCUGGAGCGCAAACGCAGAACCAAAAAGAAAAAAUGUCUUCGGAUUGUCCGGUUGACCUUUUCUUUGUGCUGGAUACAUCUGAGAGUGUCGCCCUCAGACAGAAACCUCCCAACUUUUAUAUUGACCAGAUCACAGAAUUCACCAAUCACUUCAUAAAUGAACUCAAGGAAAUGCGCCACCGAUGCGACCGCACCCUGACGUGGAACUCGGGAGCUCUGCACUACAGUGACGAAGUCAAACUCGUACGCGAGCUGAGCGACAUGAGGACAGAUCGCGAGGCCCUGAAGGCUGACAUCAAGGCCAUCAGCUACAUCGGCAAGGGCACAUAUACCGACUGUGCCAUCAAGGCGGGGCUCGGUCAGCUGCUCAUUGGGGGCUCGCACUACCAUGAAAACAAGUACAUCGUGGUAGUGACUGACGGUCAUCCUCUUACUGGUUACAAAGAGCCAUGUGGAGGCGUGCAGGAGGCUGCUAACGAAGCCAGGCAACAUGGAGUCAAAGUGUUCGCUGUUGCCGUCACACCUGACCAGCAGGAGACCAGGCUGUCAGUCAUUGCCACAAGCCCGGCCUACAGACAGAACUUCACUGCUACAGCCGCCAUAGCCACCAAGAUGGACACCAUUCGAACCAUCAUUGAUAUGAUCACAAACCAGACAAAGGAUACGUGUUGCUCUUUCGACUGCAAUGCUCCAGGAGGGGUUAAAGGACCAAUGGGAGAUCUCGGCUCUAAGGGAGAAACAGGUAGACCAGGGAUGCCAGGAGAGAAAGGAGAUGUUGGCAACAUGGGCAGCCUUGGAGAUCCUGGUCCUGUUGGUUACAGUGGGAUGAAGGGAGACCGUGGUGGCAGAGGAGUCAAGGGAGAUAGAGGACACAAAGGCUACAAGGGAGAAAAAGGUCACGGGGGAAAUGAUGGCAUUGAUGGACGCAAGGGGGAAGACGGUUUCGCUGGUCUUGCCGGCUGUAAAGGAUCUCCCGGAUCAGACGGCCUGCAGGGAGAUUCUGGACCAAAGGGAGACUCUGGUCCUUAUGGACUGAAAGGAGGAAAAGGAGAUUCAGGAAAAGACGGCGAAGAAGGAAGGCCUGGAAACUAUGGCCCACUGGGACCUCAGGGUGAGCCGGGCCCUCGCGGAAACAACGGGGACAAAGGAGAGCGCGGCGACGACGGCGUACCGGGACCGGGUGGAACUGGCGGCGAAGGAGGACAAGUUGGAGAGAAGGGCGAGCAAGGUUCCCGUGGAAACAGAGGUCCAAGAGGAGACUUGGGGGAGCCAGGGCCCCGUGGAGAGCAGGGGAGGGAGGGCUCAACUGGCGGCAAUGGAGACCCUGGCGAGUCUGGGAAACCCGGGUCUCCUGGCUACAGAGGAGAUGAAGGCCCACCUGGACCAGAAGGACCCAAAGGGCCGAGAGGAAUCAAAGGAGCUCCGGGAGACAGAGGCCAGAUUGGGGGGAGGGGAGACGAUGGUGUGCCAGGAAACGGAACUGCGGGUUGUCCUGGUUUCCAGGGUUAUCCUGGGUCCCGCGGAGACUCUGGUGAGCCGGGUGGCAAGGGAACCCCUGGACCCAAAGGAGAUGACGGAGACGGCGGAGAUCCAGGCCGCGAUAACGACCAACCAGGACCUACAGGAUCUAAAGGGGCCAAAGGUCACAGAGGACCUGAAGGCAAUCCGGGACCUUCUGGGCCUCCCGGACCACCAGGAACUGAUGAAUGUGAAAUUCUGGAUAUCAUCAUGAAGCUCUGCUCUUGUUGUGAGUGUAAGUGUGCGGCUAUGGACCUGGCGUUCAUUGUGGACAGCUCAGAGAGUAUCGGUGCCACAAACUUUGCUCUCGCCAAAGACUUUAUCAUCACAGUCAUAGACAGACUGACCAAAGAUCAGCAACUCAAGUUUGCAAGCAAUGAUUCCGGGUUGAGCGUAGUCCAGUACAGUGGACCGAAGGCCCAAGAAGUUGUCCGACUGGGAGCCGCUGGCCUCAUCGCAUUUAAAGAGAAAGUGAGAAAAAUGGACUGGCUGGCUGAAGCCACGUACACAGGCGAGGCCCUUGAUUACGCUCUGACCAACACACUCAACCUGAUGACGCAUGACAACAAAGUGGUUAUCGUUCUAACAGACGGACGUUCUAAUAUUAUCAGGGACAGGAUUCCCCUCAACGUGCUCUGUGGUAAAGAUCUCCGGGUGGGUGGUUUAGGAGUGAAGGACUACUCAGGCCGUGAACCCAACCAAGAGCAGCUUGGGGAACUGGUUUGUAAGAGUGACACCAAACCAGGCUUUUCCUUUGUCUUGGACAACUAUGCCGAGUUGCUCGAUGACUCUUUCCUGCAGAACCUCACAUCCAGAAUCUGUCAAGAUAAGAAGUGCCCAGACUACAAAUGUCCCAUCACUUUCUCUGAAAGUGCCGAUAUUUUGGUGAUGAUGGACAGCUCGGCAAGCGUUGGGCAGAAGAACUUCGACACUACCAAGACCUUUGUCAACCGCUUGGCCAAGCGUUUCCUGUCUGCCGAGAGGAAGAGCAGGGCCACCGUCAAAAUGGGUGUGGGCCAGUACAGCCGAAGCGCCAGCAUGGAGCAGGCGCCAACUUCCAAUUUGACCAUGCUGACCUAUAAAACUGAACAGGCGGCCUUCCAAAACGACGGCACCAACGUGUUGGAGGCAAUGGAAUUUGCCGUGAAGAGUUUACGUGGUCGUGGGGACGCAUCGGGGGGCAAGAAGAAGCUGAUGCUGUUCUCUGACGGCAGGUCUCAGAACGUCACCGAGCCGUUGCUGGAGAAGCGCGUUCGUGAGGUGGCGGACGCCGGGGUGGAGGUCUUUGUCAUUGCCGUUGGCAGCCAAGUCAAUGAGGUCAACCUGCGCACGCUGGUGAGCAAGGGACGGCAGGACGACAUCGGCUACGCCCAGCGCCACCUGUUCCGUGUCGCAGACUACACCUCUCUGCUUCGCGGGGUCUUCCACCAAACAGUCUCCCGCCGGGUGUCCAUCCCCUGAGUGCACGGCCCCGAACAACAGGACCAACACGCUUUAGAUUCUUAGUCCCAAUAUGAAUAUUCAGUCUCACUCAUUUACCAUACACUGUGUUCGAGUACUUUAAAAAAAUAAAAAAUAAUAAUUGUCACAAAAUGUGUGACGGUCAAAAUUAAAUGUUUUAAUGAAGUGUACCUGGGACUUUUUUACCCUGAGUUGAGCUUCCAAGGCAGAUUAUCUCAGGCUGUGUACACAUUCCACUUUCUGUGCUGAGAUCAUUGGACUAUAACCCAAAAGAUGGUGCUAGCCUAAACAAUUUUAUUACUACUUGUGACAUUACACAACUGUUAGAAAUUGCUGCCUGGAAAGUCAAUUUCAGGGUUAAAAAUAUCCCAAUUCGAAAGGGGUUGCUUCGUCCCUGGAGAGCCAUAAAGGCCACAACUAAACUAAAUGUAUAGCAUUUAAAUGCAUUGGGCUGAUUUCUACUCAGGUACACUGCAUCCCUGCAUCAUUUUCAACUAGUCUGGACCCAUCCUCUGCCUUACUUAAACUAACAAGUGUGGGUUGAAGAUGGCUCAUCAAGGCUACACUCAUCUUGUCACUCCAUGACUUGGAGCUCCUGCCAUUCGAAGGAUUUGUGUUAAGAGUUAAAUGUGGACUCCUCUUUGUAGCUCUUACCACUUUUUCAAGAGGUGUCGGAGUUAUGGUGUCACAAUUUUACGACAUAGGCAGACCAGCUGUCGAUGGAAAACUUACAAAUUCUUUGGCGAGUGCUAGUUUUACCGAAAUAAUUGUGAACCUGGAAUGUUGACGCGUGAUUGGCUAAUCCACUUUGUUUAUGGUUUGCACAGGUCAGUUGUAAAAGCCAUAACUUAUUCCCAACUUUGUGAAGUCACACCCGACAUCACUUGAAAAAUUUGUUUGAUCACCAAACCGACAGGGAAAACAGGAAAUGACAUCAGGCAGACUUCAAAACAAUCCAAUCCACACUUCCCCUGGUGAUAAUGACGACAUCACAGCUGGACUCAACAUGUGUGAGUCUAGCUGUAGUGUGUGUAUCUGUAUGUGUGUGAGCGCCUCUGUGUGUGGAGGUUUUUUAUGUGUAGCCCUGGGUGAUUGUUCUAUAAACAGUUGUGCCGGGGUCACUAUUUCAAAUGACAGAAUGACAGAAACCUGUUCUUUGUUGUCUGUGAAGCAGAGAGGCCUCUGUUACAUACACACAAACACACACACACUUAGGUGCCCCAUCAUUGAGGUAGGAAAACAUCUGGAAAAGAAACUUAUGGGACUCAUGCUGUGAGGCCCUCACACCCACAUACACACAGAAAACAGUGUGUAACUUUUAUGAUCCCCUCAAGUUUCAGUUUCGUUGUCAUCAGUGGCCCAGAGUCUCUGUACUGUUGUUAUUAUCUGUGGUGCUAUUAGUCUCAGUGUAUCAGCCUUUACCCAUGUUAAAGAAGAUAUUUUUACCUGAGGAUACAAAACCUCAGUGUUGUGAGAGCUCCUUCAAUAAAGGUUGCUACACCAAA